AUGUCACAGGAACUCCGACGAUAUGAAGAAAAGACCCCAUAUCAGCUUCCUCCCGAUGAUGGCAUCGAGGCAGAAGAGUAUAAUGGUGAUGAACGUGGACAACAAGCUGAUGACGACAGAGGAUAUCAACCACAAGGAGGUCCAGGAACUGCAUACGCAGCUGCAUAUUCCACGACCAAAAUUCCAGCUUCGUAUGGUGAAGCUGAAACAGCGAGUGGAUAUCAAGGUGGACAUCAACGACAGCGAUAUCAACACUAUUCACGACAUGAUCAUCCUCGAGACGAUGCAUAUUAUGCCCACGCUCGUCGUUCAAGUGUUCCCGAAUCCAGAUAUGGCCCUCCUGGUGUUGAGAGACCUCCUGCUUUCGAGAGACCUCGUGUUACUGUGAGAGUCGGUCACGAAUCAAGACAUCAAACAAAUCAUUCGAGUCCAUCUCAACAAACUAUUCCAUAUCGCUAUCUCGAACCAGGAGAUCCAACAAGACGAAUACUUCCUCAUCAUCUAAAGAACAACUCUCUGCAAGACCGUUAUCUAAGCCGCUCAUCAGCGCUUCACGUACAAAUGCCCAUUGAUAAUAGGAUGUUUGCGAGCAGAGAUACAAUUCCAGUAUGGGACUACCAGGCUGGAGGAGGUAUUAUGCCGACUCCGGAGGAGCUGAAUAGGGAAAUUGAUGCUAUGUUGGCGGGAGGACAGGAAAAUAUAAAUAUUCCUAGGCUAGUUGAAUAUGACGAGGAGAUAGAAAGGGAGAGGCAAAGAUGGGAGAGAGAAGAAAGGGAGAGAGAGGAGAGAGAAAGGCGGAGGCGGAGAGAAAGAAGGGAGAGAGAAAGACAGGAACAAAAGAGAGAGAGGGAACGCCAUGAAGCAGAGCAAUUAAAGCGUGAGGAUGAGAUACGUCGACAGAGGAAGAAGGGACAUUAUGCCGAGAGAUCGCCAAGAAAGCAUAGGAACUAA